UAGCCACAGUUUGGGACGUCUGUCGGCGUUUUGUUGGGAUUUGCGUGUGACCGCGCGCACGCAUCACGAGAUGAGACUCCGUGAGGUCAUCGAGACCGUGGUGGCGCUCUACCUGCUGCUCUCACCUGCACAGUGUCUUCCCUUGUCGAGCAUUAACAGCACCAUGGAAGUGUUGAUGUUUCAAGAAGUGUGGGGCCGCAGCUUCUGCCGGACCAUCGAGAAGCUGGUGGAGGUGGUGCAGGAGUACCCCACCGAGGUGGAGCACAUCUACAGCCCGUCCUGCGUGCCCCUGGUCAGAUGCGCCGGCUGCUGCGGCGACGAGAACCUGGAGUGCCACCCCACCCAAACCACCAACGUCACCAUGCAGUUGCUGAAGAUCCGGCCGUCCGAUCCAGGCCAGGAAUAUGUUGAGAUGACGUUUGUGGAGCAUCAGACAUGUGAAUGUAGGAUCAGGAAACCUGCUGUUAAAGUUGAAAGGAAAAGACAAAGAGGAAGAGGAAGGAAGAGAAAAGAGAGGCAGAAAACAAAAGAGUGUGAAAAGUGCCAGAUCCCUCGCAGGUAACUGCAGCGGCGACUGCUUGCAGUGCGGCUCACAGUUUAUUUCCAGCCCAGUGACAGCACCAGGAGUCUCCUUCACUUCCCCACCAUUACCGCGUCUGCGGCCCGAGGCUCAAACAGCCGGGUUGACGCGCCGACGCGCUCUCCGGCUGACCGCCAGGGCCUUCGUAAUGACAAGGUUCAGCAAGAGGUCGUGUGCUCGCAACAGUGGAAACACUUGUGUGAAACACCGUGGACGUCCCUGGGAGCCAGUGCAAUGUAGAAACAGACAGACUGACGUGGUCUUUUUUUAAUGCUCGGUAUUACUGUAUAAGUUCUUUCAAUUUGUCUUUUUUUUUUCUGGUAUUUAAAAGUGACUACACUAAAAAUCUAUAUUUAUUGGUAUAGUUGGACCAACAAUCCCUUGUUGAAAGUUUAUCCAAGAAUGAUUUUGACCUGUUACAGCAACACAUGUCAGACUGGGUGCACAGCUGCUUCGUACGUCUCAUAAUGAAAUGUCUCCCUCUUGUGUUCAUGAAAACAGUAUUUAAAACUGCUCUACAUUCAAAUGUGUAGGUUUUUUAUUUUCUUUUUGAUAAGAGAAACAUCAGUCACCGGGGCUUCUGCCUGCAACUCAGACCAAAACAAGAGAAGGGUUUAUUUAUUGAUGUGUAUGGAGUAAUUACAUGGCCGCCAAGCCCUUUUUUUUAUAAGUUAUUUUAACUGAUAUACCAUGCUGUCAAGACAUUUGCCAUGUGGAGUCUCAUCCGGACCGAAUCCCUCACAUGGACAAGAGCUGAGUGAAAACUCCAGCUCGGGAGAAUCAGGCCUACAGGCAGCAGUGAUUCAGUAACGCGUCAGCAGAUUUGAAGUGUGUAGCAGCAGAAAUGCAAAUCUAAAGACAGGAGGAUUCAUUUCCCUAAGAUGAGUUAUAUUUUCUACAAAUCAGGAGAAUAAAUUCAAAUUCAAACAAGUAAAAAGACAAGAAAAUCUAUGUAAGUAAAUGAUUAAUUCAUGAGUCACUGGUAAAAAUUAAACACAGUUGCAGACUCAAUAUCAAGUCUCAACAGAUAUUUCAGCUCUUGUGGUUGAUUGAGCUCAGCCGCCAUUCAUACAACAGCAGAACAGUAAAAUAAGAAGAACAUUAGUCUGGCAAACGUGACACAAAGUGUGUCUGGGGGUCAGUCUGGUUCAAGCUCUCGUCAUCUGAAAUGAUGACUCCUACAUGGCUAAUAAAGAAUUUAUUUUCUCCAGUUUGAGUAGUUCUCAGAUGUGAAAUAAAACUACUGUGAAAAGUCACUAAAAACAAGAAAUUAGCCCUUCACACCUUGAAGACACCCCCCCACAGGUGUCUUUCUAUAACAUGAUGUGCGUUUGUUUUUGUUUUUGUUUUUUUUUAAUUUUAUUUCAAGUACUACACAAAGAAAAUCUAUGAAAAUGUAAAAAGGCCUUUUUUGUGACUGUAUUUACUUCAGUUAAAUAUUUAUUUUGUAAUAAAACUGAUACGGUUUCCA